AUGCCAGAAGAAAAUAACACAGAACAAUGUGGGGAUUCGAAUAAGACAUUUACCUCCAGCCAAGGCCAACUCCUGGUGGGUGAUAAAAAGUACACCGUGCGUUCACUGAAGAUGAAUGGCGCCACUAUGAUGUUUCUUGGCUCGGCAGAGCCAGAAUGUUUGGAUGAGAUGGCAGUAGCAAUGCAAAUGCCUCAGGAUGGCCAAAUAAUUGGCACCACAAUUUUGGGAGCCCAGAGCAGCAUAACCGACUCACAACGAUUAGCGGAACAGUUUACACGUCGUUAUGGACGACAAUUUUUUGUUAGUUUCAAUGUUCAAGUGGAUCGGAUGACAGCCCCACUUCUUGAAAAACAAUUAAAUGAAUAUAUGCGUAACAAUAAGGAGUUGUUUGUUUAA